GAACCCUGUGCCUCUAGGCAUAUAGAGAACUCAUACAUAAGCAGUGUUUUCUUGACAAGCGUCCUGCCUACAACGUAAUUUGACUACAGCUGACAGCUGAAUAUAUUAAGAAGUCUAUUGCUUUUCAACGUCCAAAGAGAACAGUCGGACUAGUGUGGACCUAAGAUUUUAUAUCUGGAAUAUAUAGCUUAGGUUUCGCCUUAGUAAAAGUUUCCUGUUCAAAUUGGAGUUAAGCAAGGAUACCUGUUCAGCCAAUGUUUUUAUUUUGUAAAAUUGAAUAAGCUGAACCAAGAUUUUAAAUAUCUUCUGAAAAAAAUUUGAUGAUGAAAACUGUUCUUAAACUUGCUGUCCUGUGUGGAAUAUGCACCGUGGUGGAACUAUUAAGUCCUUGUGUAAAAUGUCAAAACGAUGAAACGUGUAAAGCCCCAGAUUGCUUCUGUUGCCGAAGUGAGCUUAAUCUACCAAUUCCGUUAAAAAACACACCGCAAAUUGUGUACUUUACUUUUGACGAUGCUUUAACUGAUGCUGCCUCAAAAUUUUAUAGAAAGCUUUUUAAUGAAACCAGAUUGAACCCAAACAGAUGUCCAAUAUCGAUGACAAUGUUCAUAUCACAUCAAGACACCAUCUAUCGAAAUGUAAAAGAUUUCUACAAGAGGGGGAUGGAAAUUGCUUCCCACAGUGUAACACAUAGUCAUAUGAAAGCUUCAAACUUCAUGCAAGAGGCAAAGAAACAGAAAAGAAAUCUCUCAAAGUUCGGCGGAGUACCUGAAAACGAGAUUGUAGGAUGGAGAAGCCCAUUUCUAGAACCCGUCGGGGACAUGCAGCCCGAAAAACUCAAGGAACUUGGAUACUUGUACGAUGCUACUCUUACUUUCAGUAAAAGAAAAUUAACUGAUAAAGCACCCACACCCUUUACACUUGAUUUUGGUUGGCCCUAUGACUGCAAAGUCAAACCUUGUCCUAAGAGGCGUCACUCCGGAUUUUGGGAAGUACCAGUCGUUUCUUUGUUGGACUACAAGCAUAAAUAUGAUUGCGUUUACGUUGAUGGCUGCAAUAACCCACCACCAAACGAAGCUUCUGCCUACCAGUUUCUCAUGGAUAACUUUAACAGUUACUAUACCACUUCAAGAAAUCCAUUUGGGAUCAACAUGCAUCCGUCCUGGUUUUAUAUUGCAGAUCGACUAAAUGCCAUGGACAGGUUUAUAAAUACUUUACUGAAAAUGGACGAUGUAUAUAUUGUUUCUGUUGAUAAAACAAUCAAAUGGCUCCAAAAUCCAACACCACUAUCUGAAUUGCACUCUUUUGAACCAUGGAAAUGUGACCACUUAAAAAACAGACAACAAGCUGACACAAUCACAACAAACAACAGACACGAAAUGGGGUUAUCGCCAAUGGAAAAACAGCACAUGUACAUCCAACAACGUCUCCAAAAAAUUGCUGAAAUGCGUAGAGAAAUCGAGUUAAAAAGACAACGAGAAUUACAAAUAGAAAUAGCUUUAAAGAAACAAAGAGAAUUAGAACUGAUUCAAGGACAGUCUAAUUAUGCUAACAGAGAUUGGUGGUCACCUCCUCGAAGACACUCAAAUAAUAUCCCUCAAAGUCCGUUCACGGAAGAAAUCCCAAAUGCGCACGUUCUAGACACCCCAGUAGAUGAAACACCCCUGGAACUUAAUAAACAAGAGGAACACGUGGCAAGUAAGUCAUCUACAAAUUCAAAACGCCCAGUUUGGGAGCACAAAUCAAAAAGAAACAAAUCAUCUACAUAUUCAAACUUUUCAAAUAGGGAACAAAUUUUAAAUCGAAAUCAACAGAAACAAAGUUCUAGUAUUCAAACAAAAAUUGUUCCCUUUUGGCAGCAAGGGCAACUGGGAUCUCGACGUUUGCCUGAAGCGGCUUUUCAAAGAGACUCCCAUUGGUGGAACAAACCUGUACCUUACGUGAAUGACUUCAAGUACAUGGUCGCUUAUUCUGUUUCUACUAAACCACCAUCUAUAACUACAACUAAGACAGCAACAUCAACGGAAUCUCAACCAACUGCAUAUAAACCACCAUCUCCACCUAGAAUUAGUUCCGGGGUUGAUUUGUUCAGAGAAAAACAGCUCAUAGAAUAUCAGCGCAGGCAGCGUCUUAUUCUAGAAAAUCAAAGGACAAGAGAAGAACGGCAACUUAAAGACCAAAGACGUGAACUUCGAAAAAAUGAGAAAGAAUCAUUUUCAAAACAACAGCGAUCUAGAUCUAAACACAAACCUUACUUCACAUGGCGAGAAAUUAUUCCUUCUUCUUCAAAACAUCGAUGAUUAGAACAUAAAAGACUUCUCAGGACUUUUGAAGUUAAGUUUUAUUUUUCCAUACAAUUUCCUGCCUCAUACUAUUUUAAGUUAUUGAUGUCAAAACAGUGACCGAUCUCAAGUGCUUUCAUUUUUAAGUUGUAUGAAGUGUACAUUUAUGUACAUGUAUAUCGGGACCAAUAUAUAUUUUUUGAUAGUUACUAUAUCAUUUCCUGUCUGAAAUGGAAAAAUGCUAUAUUCUUUAUGUUUUGCAAGUCAGCCUGACGGACAGUGGGUGAUUGGUGGUGAAUGUAUGUGAUUGAUGAGAGACUCAUACUAUAUCUGUAAUUUAUGUUAUUUGCCUUCAUUUUUGAACGCUUUAUCUGAAUAUAUAUAUAUAUAAAGCUGUGCCUUUUUGGUGUACAGUAUGUAUAAACAGUAUGAACAAUUUUAAUAGUUAUAAUGUUUUUGGCGGGUCUUACCGAAACUUUGAUUACUAUGUACUGAAGUCAUUCAAAAUGCAAAAAUGUCUUUCUAUCACAAAGUCAUGCAUAUAUUUUACCGAGUUGUGCGACCGAUGUUAGAUUAUGUGCCAAAUAAAACCAUUUUAUGAUGCUUUUUGCCAAAAAAAAACUACUGGUGUUUGUGAAUGCAUGUUUUCCAAUGCCUGAUGUCAGAAUGUGUUUAAGUGCCAAACUGAGUAACAGAAUUCAUAAUAAUAAAAAUGAUAGACUAACCA